GUUCUCUCAAUAUCCGUAGUCUGAUGUGGUGGAAUCGCGUGGAACAAAAGCUCAUUGAAAUCUGGAUCGCUGUCGCUGUUCGCCUUAUAUAGUAAAACCUUAAUCACAUCCAUAUAAAGCUUCAAAUCGAUUCUAGCAAAUUAGUUCCGAAAACAGAAAUAUUUUGGUUAUGAAUACGAUACAAAGGUAUAGAUAGUUUUACCGCCUUGAGGAAAAACUAGUUGAAUAUCAUUUAGUCCACACCUAUGUAAGUACGAUAUAUUAUCUAUUGAUAUAUUUUACACCUAUGGCUCAAGAUAUGGCCCAUUAGUUUAUCAUGAACGUGUGCGAGGUAAUUACUAAAAAACUUUUUUGUCGACGUAGAUAUGCUAUUCAGUUGGCUGAAGCGAGAGAAGUUAAAUUUAGCCAAACGUUGACAGAACCUCUCUCAAUUGGAUCUCAUAUCGUGUGUACGGGGACGCCCUCAGAAGAUUUACCAUGGUUUGCUAUAAACAUCGGUUGCGGAGAUUCCGAUUCGGGGCGUGGAGAUAUAGCCGUCCAUUUCAAUGUCCGUUUACCCCAGUGCUAUGUUGUCAGAAACACGAGGCGCCAUGAGAAAUGGGGGUCCGAGGAGACUACAGCCUACAGUAAAUUUCCGUUCAAAAUUGACACACUUUUCACAGUAGAGGUACUCAUAGAUGAGAAAGAGACAUUAUGGGCGGUAAACGGCAUUCAUUACUGUAGCUAUGCGCAUCGAAAUCCCAGUACCCUUACUGCCAACUGGGUGCAAGUCACCGGCGUAAGAGAUGCGACAUUGAAUGUACUAAAGACUGAUUUCUAUCCGACGCUGGCACCGCCUUUAUUUGAGGUACCACAGAGAGACUGUAUUAAUGGGCCAAUAAAGAAUGGGGAACCCAGUUGGCAUUCGAAUAUUAUAGCGACUUUACCAAUUGGGAUACCUGAAGAACAUCAACUGGUUAUACAUGGAAGACUCCGUCCAAUGCUUCACUCGUUCGUAUUGGACCUAAUGGACAAUGCGCGCGAGUGGCCGCGUCCUAACAUCCUCUUACACGUAAACCUGCGCGCGUACGUCGACUCGCAACUCGAUCGGCAAUUGGUCGUUCUCAACGCCUGGCUCGGCGAUUGGGGCGCUGAGAGGCGACAACGCACUGCUAGACUUAUACCUGGCUCUAAGUCAACCGUCCGGAUAGUGAGGGGCUCGUGUGAGUGGAUGAUAUAUGCGGAUGAUCUCCUCAUUGGGGAAUUCGAGUACCGGGCAUCUCCUGUUGGCGUGACAGCUAUGCGUCUCCGUGGCGAUCUAUAUCCGGAACAAAUUUACAUAGCACCCUCAAGUAACUCACCUGUUAAUGAAAAACCAACCCCGAUAUGAAUAAAAAUUGACAAUUAAUCUAUGUUAUAUAUGAGAAUAUGCCAAACGGAUGGAAACUUAAGAUUAAGACGUGAAAUAUUUUAGGCCGGCAA